ACAGUUGUAAAGGCACGGUUUGGACCAUGCAGUCGGACAGCCGCCAAGUUGUGCAGCCGCAGGAACCCUUUCAAAUCCCAGCCUCUCCGUCUUCCUCCAGCCAGCGACAUGGUCAACAGACAUCGCCCUCUCUCCCUUCCACCAACACCAAGGACAACUCCCCAUCCCGCACCUCCCCCUUUAAACAGGGCUUGUCUCCAUUGAAAAUGCCCAAACCCAUGAAACUGUGAGACAAGAGGUGGUGGACAAUGAGGAAGCAGGGACUGAUGUAUUUCAAGGCUGGGUACUUGGGAGGGAGAGCGUGUUGGUUGUGAUUAUAGCGGUGAGCGGAGAGGGAAGGAAGGUUAUGCGUGAAGGAGAGGCACCUGUCAAGGACGACGUAGGUAAGGAGGAGAAUUUGGGGCUUGUACGCACCCGGUCGACAGCUCGCACGCAGGCGACACUAACGUCGACAAGCGGGGGGUAAUGGGAAUAUAAAACUUCGACGAAGUUGACCAUUGGCUGUGGGGGAAGCUUUAGGGGAAGGAAAUCAGAGCAAGGAGGAGCAGAGGUAAGAAGCCGGGUAGGUUGUAAAAUGAAUGCAAAGCAAAGAUGGAGAGGGAGCGUGAAGCCGAAGCAGCGGUAUGUGGCAUGUAAGGAGGGUCAUUUACAAGGUGUAUAACCAGGGCAAGGAAGAGGGAAAUGCAGGAGGAAAACGAAGAAUAAGAAUCUUGGCAGCAA